UGAUAUCUUGUUUUUCUUUCUCAAUGUAGAGAAGUCAUUCAGAAUUCCAAAGAAGUUCUGAGUUUAUUGCAAGAAAAAAACCCUGCCUUUAAGCCGGUUCUUGCUAUUAUUCAGGCAGGUGAUGAUAACUUGAUGCAGGAAGUAAAUCAGAAUUUGGCCGAGGAGGCUGGUCUGAACAUCGCUCACAUUUGCCUUCCUCCAGAGAGCGGCGAGGACGAGAUUAUAGAUGAAAUCUUGAAGAUUAAUGAAGACACCAGAGUACAUGGCCUUGCCCUUCAGAUCUCCGAGAACUCAUUUAGCAACAAAGUCCUCAAUGCCUUGAAGCCAGAAAAGGAUGUGGAUGGAGUAACAGAUAUAAACCUGGGGAAGCUGGUUCGUGGGGAUGCCCACGAAUGUUUUGUUUCACCUGUGGCCAGAGCUGUAAUUGAACUUCUUGAAAAGUCAGGUGUCAACUUAGAUGGAAAGAAGAUCUUGAUAGUAGGAGCCCAUGGGUCUCUGGAAGCUGCCCUGCAAUGCCUGUUCCAGAGAAAAGGGUCCAUGACAAUGAGCUCCCAGUGGAAAACACCUCAGCUUCAAAGCAAGCUUCACAAGGCUGACAUUGUGGUCUUAGGCUCGCCCAAGCCAGAAGAAAUUCCGCUUUCUUGGAUACAACCAGGAACUGCUGUUCUCAACUGUUCCCAUGACUUCCUGUCAGGGAAGCUCGGACGUGGUUCUCCCAGCAUCCAUUUCAGUGGUCUCAUUACAGAAGGUGACGUGAGUCUCCUCGCUGCAGCUCUGCGGAUUCAGAACCUGGUCAGUAGUGGGAGGAGAUGGCUUCGUGAACAGCAAUACACGAGGUGGAGACUUCACUGCUUGAAACUGCAGCCCCUCUCCCCCGUACCAAGUGAUAUCGAGAUUUCAAGAGCACAGACUCCGAAAGCUGUGGACGUCCUUGCCAAGGAGAUAGGAUUGCUUGCAGAUGAAAUCGAAAUCUAUGGCAAAAGCAAAGCUAAAGUACGUUUGUCCCUGCUGGAAAGGUUAAAGGAUCAGGCAGAUGGAAAAUACGUCUUAGUUGCUGGGAUCACACCCACCCCACUUGGAGAAGGGAAGAGCACAGUUACGAUUGGCCUCGUCCAGGCCCUGACCGCACACCUGAACGUCAACUCCUUUGCCUGUCUGAGGCAGCCUUCUCAAGGGCCCACUUUCGGAGUUAAAGGAGGAGCUGCGGGUGGCGGAUAUGCCCAGGUCAUUCCCAUGGAGGAGUUCAACCUUCACUUGACGGGGGACAUUCAUGCCAUCACCGCUGCCAAUAAUUUGCUGGCUGCUGCCAUCGACACAAGGAUUUUGCAUGAAAACACUCAAACUGAUAAAGCUCUAUAUAAUCGACUGGUUCCUUUAGUGAAUGGUGUUCGAGAAUUUUCAAAAAUUCAACUUGCUCGGCUCAAAAAACUGGGAAUAAAUAAGACGGAUCCAAGCACACUGACAGAAGAGGAAAUGAGUAAAUUCGCCCGUCUCAACAUCGACCCCUCUACCAUCACGUGGCAGAGAGUACUGGAUACAAAUGACCGGUUUCUACGAAAAAUAACGAUUGGGCAGGCAAACACAGAGAAGGGAUGUUCCCGGCAGGCGCAGUUCGACAUCGCGGUGGCCAGUGAGAUCAUGGCAGUACUGGCCCUGACCGAUGGCCUCACAGACAUGAAGGAGCGGCUGGGAAGAAUGGUGGUGGCCAGUGACAAAAAUGGGCAGCCCAUAACCGCGGAAGAUUUGGGGGUGACAGGUGCUUUGACAGUUUUGAUGAAAGAUGCGAUAAAACCAAAUCUGAUGCAGACCCUAGAAGGCACACCCGUGUUUGUGCACGCCGGCCCCUUCGCAAACAUCGCCCACGGCAACUCUUCGGUGUUGGCUGAUAAAAUCGCCCUGAAACUAGUUGGUGAAGAAGGAUUCGUAGUGACUGAAGCUGGCUUCGGUGCCGACAUUGGCAUGGAGAAAUUCUUCAACAUCAAGUGUCGAGCUUCUGGCUUGGUGCCCAACGUAGUCGUGUUGGUGGCAACAGUGCGAGCUCUGAAGAUGCACGGAGGCGGGCCAAGUGUAACUGCUGGCGUCCCUCUUAAGAAAGAAUAUACUGAGGAGAACAUCCAGCUGGUGGCGGACGGCUGCUGUAACCUCCAGAAGCAGAUUCAGAUCGCUCAGCUCUUUGGGGUCCCCGUCGUCGUGGCUCUGAAUGUCUUCAAGACCGACACCCGCGCCGAGAUUGACUUAGUGUGUGAGCUUGCGAAGCGGGCUGGCGCCUUCGAUGCUGUCCCCUGCCAUCACUGGUCGAUUGGUGGGAAAGGGUCAGUGGACCUGGCUUGGGCUGUGAGAGAAGCUGCAAGUAAGAGAAGUCGUUUUCAGUUCCUGUAUGAUGUUCAGCUUCCAAUUGUGGAAAAGAUAAGAACCAUCGCCCAGGCUGUCUAUGGAGCCAGAGAUAUCGAACUCUCUCCUGAGGCACAAUCCAAAAUUGAUCGUUACACGCAACAGGGUUUUGGAAAUCUGCCCAUCUGCAUGGCAAAGACCCACCUUUCUCUGUCUCACCAACCUGACAAGAAAGGUGUACCCAGGGAUUUCAUUUUACCCAUUAGUGAUGUCCGGGCCAGCAUAGGCGCUGGGUUCAUAUACCCUUUGGUUGGGACGAUGAGCACCAUGCCGGGACUGCCCACGCGGCCCUGCUUUUACGACAUAGAUCUCGAUACAGAAACAGAGCAAGUUAAAGGCUUGUUCUAAGUGAGCGUGACCUU